UGGUGCAGCAAAGGAGUUUGACACCGCUGGAUUACCUGAACCAUAGUUUAAGAACCACAGGCGUUAACGUCUUUGCCUUCAGACAGAACCCAGGGCAGCACACCCCUUUGUCUCCUCCGUCCCGAUGCAUUGUGGGGCUUUACGUAAAGUCAACAUGGCAGCUGCCUGCUCCAGAACCCUCUGUAAGGUCGGACGGUAUUUUCUAGAAACUCCAACCGCGGCUCGGACCGGUACCGUGUCAUUCUUGCUGGGGAAUGCCGGUGCUCACGGCUUCAGAAGGGGGUUGAGCACCGGCGGGCCGGGGUUCCGGUCCAGACUACUGUCCUCGGUUCGGGCAGGAGGAGGCAGGGUUCUGGGCUGCGCCUUUCUGCUCGGAGGAGGUCUGGGUCUGUACCAAACCCUGAAGCUGUCCGUGCAGCAGCACCUGGCUGAGGAGGACAAGAAGGUCUCGGGAGACGGACUGAAGAUGACUCUGUACCAGUACAAGACCUGCCCGUUCUGCAGCAAAGUCCGAGCCUUUCUGGACUUCUACGGGCUGCCGUACGACAUCGUGGAGGUGAACCCGGUGAUGAGGCAGGAGAUCAAGUGGUCUGCGUACAGAAAGGUUCCCAUCCUGAUGGUGGACGGCGAGCUGCAACUGAAUGACUCGUCUGUCAUCAUCAGCUCCCUCAGGACUCUAAUGCUCAACAAGGAGAAGAGCUUGUCUGACGUAAUUCACUGCUACCCAGAGAUGAAGUCUGUGAACGACCGGGGGAAGGAGGUGAAAGAAUACAACAACAAGUACUGGCUGAUGCUGAGCGAGGCCCAAACCGCUGCCGUUUAUCCUGCAAAGGGGAUGCAGAAAGAGGAGAUGAAGUGGCGACAGUGGGCCGAUGAUUGGCUUGUACAUCUCAUAUCGCCGAACGUUUACCGAACUACGGGCGAAGCCUUGGCGUCUUUUGACUACAUCGUUCGUGAGGGCAAGUUCGGUACCCUGGAAGGUUUCUUUGCCAAAUACGUAGGUGCUGCUGCUAUGUUUGUCAUCUCAAAGAGACUAAAGAAUCGACACAACCUGCAGGACGACGUCAGGCAGGAUCUCUACAAGGCCGUUAAUGACUGGGUGGCGGCCAUCGGCAAGAACAGGAAGUUUAUGGGCGGCGAUCAACCGAACCUAGCGGACCUGGCGGUGUACGGAGUCCUCAGAGUGAUGGAAGGACUUCAGGCGUUUGACGACAUGAUGGAGAACACCAAAGUCAAAUCCUGGUACAGACGCAUGGAGAGAGCCACGCUCAACCAUGAGGGUCGAUCUUAAACUCCGAGCCUCCAAAUGGACAAGAACCCGCACCAGGAGCAAAAUGGCCUUCGUUGUCGUGUCUCAAACGCCUCUGGAUGAGUCUGCCUCGCUGUCACGGAAACGGACGAAUUUAACAAUACUUAGAUUUCAGCAUUUAGUGACAGAAAACCUCAAGUCUGCUCUGUUUGCGUCAGGUUUUUACGAGGCUACUAGUGACAUCUACUGGUUGAAAGGGAGAACUGAAACUGCCCACACCUGGAGAUUUAAGGCUCCCAUAAUGUCGAUUUAAAGACCUUCAGUCCAGCUAAAGGGCAAAUGAUGAAUAUUUUACUUUUUGAUUUACUUUCACACAAAUUGAACAAAUUAACAUGUUUUUGUUCAAAAUUAAGUAAUUGUUGCACUUCUAAAUAAACAAUGAUGGGAACCUAAAAUAAUGGAAAUUGUCAGUUUUUGAUGUAAUCGCUAAACUAGAUUGGUUGUUCUUUUCUUCAAGUUUGCACAAGCUUUCAAUUUUAUUUUAAGUUUGAAUUGAUUGAAUUGACUUUACAACUUUUCAUUUCUCUGCUGCUUUUUCAGGAAGGACAAAAAACAGCUCAUUGUUUUAGUUUCUGUGCAGGAACUAUAUAAGGUUCUCUGUAUUUAUGUUCAUCAUAAAAAACACCCAUCAGACUGGAAUGUAUCAAACUGUUGGCUGCUGAUUACCUGUAACACCGUGAGGAAGAAAAUGUAAAAUAAAGAAAAACUUGAGCAUUGA